AGAAGCCCUGUCGUCACAAUUGUUUGAUUAUAUUGCUGGUCCUUUGAGCAACAUUGUUUAUUAAUUUUUAGGCAUGCAUUCAUCUUUUUCAUUGCCUUGUUGUAAAAUUACUUGUAACGAUACUUGUAGUAACGAUUACGUAACAUACAUACCCAAGAUGUCAUAUCUGGUACAUGCCGGACUGUGUUACUGAUUGAAUCCUCAUACCACGAGCGUUCCAGAAAAUCGACGCCAAUUCGAUAUAAAUCGUGGUUCCAAUGGCACAUUGGCAGCACUUACGGAGGAAUACUUUCUGAUCCAUAUGAAGAAUUUAUGCAUUCUGUUUCUGUACCAAUCCUUCACGCUGUUUGUCCUACUUGUCCAACUAUCUACACUAUAGUGUGCCAACUACCUCGGUUGCACUCUAUAGUGCUCUUGGCAUAUAAUUUUGCUGAAUACUGUAUGCAGGUGAAGGAGCUCAACAUCACCGUGUUCAAAACAACCGCAAAGUGACGAAGGUGGUCAUUGCUCAUCCGAAGUGGCAAUCAGUCGCGUGCCGUGGGGAAGUCAUGUGCUCCUCAGUCACGCAGUCAUUGCUGCCCGCCUGCUAUCACGAGGGACUGGCCACUGACCGAGAUUGACUUGGCAAUCCAGCUGUGUCAACCAGUCGCGUGCGCCGCCGUCGUGUGCUUCCAUGGUUGCCACUUCUGCACCUCUAUUGGCCCCAGUGGGCAUAGGCCACCCGUUCAUCCCGGGGAUUGUGCGCUGUUCUGUACUUGAUGCCUCGAUGGUAUCUUCCCUGCAUCGAGCUACAGAGGCUUUUUCUCAGCAGUGCACAGUGCGUGUUCGGUCGCCGGAUGGAAAUACGCUGUGCCGUUAUGGAUGUCGGGAGUUUCGGCAUCGUAUUCUACAUCGUGAACUUCGUAAGCCAAUACCGUCGUUCUUGGGGAGUGUGCACUGUUAUCUGGAUGUGGUGCCUGGAUGGCAUCUUCCUUGCAUCCGGCUAUGAUGGUUGUUUUUUCUCAGCGCAGCACAGUUGAAGAAAAAAAAUCGUGCCAGCCUGCAACGCCAAUGCCCUCGUUCAUGGGGAGUGUGCGCUGUCCUUGCUGGAAAGAUAACCUGGAUGGUAUCUUCCCUGCAUCCGGAUACGGUGGUUUUUGGUGAGCGGUGCACAACCGUUUUCCGGUCUGUGAUCGCGAGUUCACAUAAGCUUAUCGGCGCCGCACGUAGUGAAAGUGGUCUACGACACCAACAAGCGCUUCGUCUCCGAAGCCAGUGCACUGCAGGCGGAGGUGGAUUUUGUUCUUCGGAUGUGGCAAUCAGUGGCGUGCCCCACCUUCAUGUGGUCUAUUUGCGGUCAAUUCUGACUCCCUGCUGUCACCAGUGCCCAGGCCCCGACGGACGCGGGCAUGGGCAACGAGUUGCCUGCCGGGAUGUUAAACUCCCUCUCGGUGGCGUGGCCGCAGCCAUCACUGCCUUCCCUGAUGUGACCAGGGACUGUCCACUGACGGGAGAUUACCUUGGUACUCCAGCUGUGGCAACCAGUCGCGUGCGCCGCCGUCGUGUGGUCCCUUGUUGGCCACUUCUGCACCUCUAUUGUCGCCAGUGGGCAGUGGCCAACCGUUCUUCCCGGGGACUGUGCGCUGUUCUGUACUUGAUGCGUAGAUGGUAUCUUUCCUGCAUCCGGCUGCAAUGGCCUUUUCUCAGCAGUGCAAAGUGAGUGUUCGGUCCGGAUGGAAUGCGGUCGGGCCGGAAUUGAAGGAACCGAGUCGGCGGUUGAGCAAAGGAACUUCCAGGAAGGCAAGAGGAGCUGCUUGCUCCCGUUAAACCGAGUGGACGUUGAGCAAAGGAGCUCGUGGAAUUCGUCACUGCUGAGGCCAAUGCCAUUGUCGACGUGCAAACAACGUGUGCAUUGCAACGGGCGCACUGCAACAGGAGCAGAGGAUGCGCCAAAAUGCUUUCAUCGACGUGCAAGCAACGUGUGCAUUGCAACGGGCGCGCUGCAACAGAAGCAGAGGAUGCGCCAAAAUGCUUUCAGCGACGUGCAAACGACGUGUGCAUGGCCUCAGGAGCAUAGAGGAUGCGCCAAAAUGCUUUCAGGCAGUGGCCAACCAUUCAUCCCGGGGUAUAUGCGCUGUUCUGUAUGUGAUGCCUCGAUGGUAUCUUUCCUGCAUCAGGCUCAAAGGCUUUUUCUCAGCAGUGCUCAGCGCGUGUUCGGUCCAGAUGGACGGGCAAGCCAAGGCGCCGCCAAGAUGAGCUCACCAAAAGACGCCAUCCGUCCGAGUCGGUGCACCUGCGGGCUCUUACUACGGUCGAUCAGCGUACUCGGAGAGCCCUGUACUACCGAGACACGGUGCCUUCGGGGAUUCAGUUUGGCAGGCACAACAACGGCUUCGAUGAACACUGCAACGGUGAUAUUCCUCAUCGUAGUAUGUGCCAUUGAGCUUGGACCCUUUCUGCACUAUCACCAGGAUCGGCCCACUUUUAUCGUGACGCCACCACCACCAUUCUUGGCACUUUGCAGAACGUUUACUACGGGAGAAAUGCGCUGUCCAGUUGUCAUCGCCUUCUGUGACGUGGACUAUGAUUACCUGGGACAGCUCCACUAACCUGGCCAUUGCACCACAGACAAAACUGAAACUAUAAACGACCGCGAAUUUUUACCCCCCUAUGAAUGGUCGAAACCCCACUAGAUAGAAUCCAGUUCUUGGAAAUAAAAAUGCAGGCUGAGCACCGGCGCUGUCACGCUAACAGCUCACAAGUGAUUUUAGCAAGUGCAGUGCCCCCGCCAUAUGCAUGCAGGCUCCUUACUCCUGACCAGCGACCGCUGCGAGGACCAAUUUGGUCUCGUGCAGCGAGCACACAGGACAGCUGAGGCCAUUGGAGCCCUGGGCGGAGGGUCCCACCCCUGCUAAAACCCUGUCAAGAGCAUCCAAGAAGACCCUGACAGACUACCACAAAAUACCCUGCAAAUAGACCAAUA